GAAUUAGUUAGCCUAUUUGACCCGGCAAGAGGACAAAUCUGUCGAUUAGUUAUUUCGGCGGCUGGAGGUCCGGACCUAAAAUAAGGCCGUUCUUGUUUCGCCGGCGUCUACGGAAUAGUUAUUUGUAGCAGUCUGCGACCAGAAUUUGCUGAGGAAGACCAUCAGCGACGUUUUCAAGCUAGGGUUUCACGAAGCAGAAGACUUAUUCCUUGGCUUCCUGCUGCGACAUUCUAAACCCUUCUCUCUUCCUUCUUCAUCCUUCGUGCAGCGCGGACUCUCUUCCAGUUGAACUUACCACCUCCAAUUUUGAAUUUUGGAGACAUCAGGAUCCUGGAUUAAUCACUCCAACAGUCCCCAAGUACAAAUUUAGGAAUUAUCUAUAAAGAAGUUAGAUGAAAAUGGACGUGAAACCACCAAACACUAUCCCAAGCUUCAUUGACCAAGCAGUGGUCCCAGGAGAUGUAAUCUUGGAUCUUUCUUCAAUGACUAACCAAACCAUAAAGCUUGGAAGCGGCCUUAGACAGGACUGUGAUGCUGUAUCUGUUAUGAAAGCUGGAAUAUUGAGAUAUGCAAAGCCAAACAAAUACUGGGUUGAAAGCUCCCAUAAAAGAUAUGUUCCCUGUGCAGGGGAUUCAGUCCUUGGAAUUGUGGUUGACUCUAAAGCUGAUAACUUUCUUGUGGACAUUAAAGGGUCAAUGUUGGCAUAUUUGCCAGUGUUAGCAUUUGAAGGUGGAACUAGAAGAAACAUUCCCAAAUUUGAGGAAGGAACUCUGAUUUAUGCUCGUGUAGUCAAGGCCAACCCCGGGAUGAACCCUGAGUUGUCCUGCACAGAUGCUAGUGGAAAGGCUGCAGAGUUUGGUCCCCUUAAAGAGGGGUACAUGUUUGAAUCAUCAACCGGCUUAUCACGAAUACUUUUGAGUACUCCAACAUGUCCAGUUCUUGAAGCUCUUGGGAAAAAGCUCUCUUUCGAGAUAGCAACUGGUUUGAAUGGCCGCGUUUGGGUAGAUGCAUCUCCCCCUACUAUAACUAUCCUCGUCGCAAAUGCAAUAAUGAAUUCUGAGUCGCUGAGUCCUGUGCAACAGAAGAUUAUGGCUGAGAAGCUCCUCCAAAGAGUCCAAUAAGUUAACUGUAACAGUAAAUUGGUUUGUAUGGGUGCUUUUAGAGUCUAAUUAAUGUUCUGGUCCAAUUAGGGAUUGCUUUCUUUUAUUAACAAUUUUGGUAAAACUUUUUAAUUCAAUGUGUGAAAGAGAUUGUUUUUUUUUUGAAUUUGCAUUAGAUUGCAACCAUAAUGUGAAUUCACUCCUUGUAUACCAGGCUCCAACCAUAAUUUUGGAAAACAUCUUGUAGGGGGGCUGGAAAGGGCCAACUCCUUGAUAUCUAACUGG